UCUAUUUCACUUUUCAGGUUUGGUUAUGAUUUUUAAUUUAUUUUCGUUAACAUUUUAUAUUUUGAAGUGAAAAUCAAUUGAUUGUGUUACAGGUUAUUAAAAUGAUGAAUGGUUCGAAACGAUCAUCCUAUACAAUACCAAAGAAUAAUGUUAGAUACAAUGGAAAGUUAAAAGAUAUACUCCAAUCCUCGUCGACGAGACAUAAAAAUGAUGGAAAAAUAGUAGAACCUGAUCUUUUAAAUAUCCCUUUAAUUAAACAAAGUGAUAAUGCUAAACUGUUGCCACAAUAUACGUCUAUUCUGGCAAACUCUGGAGAAGAUACAGUAUCUAUGGAUGAUUUGGAUCUAUUACAACAAGACUUAGAAAAACUUCUAUCCAAUAGUGCCGUUAGAAUUAGGUAUUUGCUUGCAGAAAUAGGUGAAAUAGACAAAAAUGACGAAGGGCACGAUAGAAAGGCACAAAUAAAAACUUCUUUAAAACGAAAAUGGGUUGAUGAAAAACCUAAAUUCAAAGACUUCAAAGUUACUUUGCCUAAGAAUAAUUCUGAUAAGUUUUGGGCUUCCAUAGAACCUUUUUGUGCUAGUGUUACAAAAGAUGACGUCGCUUUUCUAGAUUCUCUUAUUCAAGAAUAUUCUAAGGAAAUAGAUAUAAAAAUUCCUGAAAUUGGCGAACAUUAUGCUAAUGGCUGGUCAGAAGAAAUUAUAAAUGAUGAACAAAAUAUAGGAAAAUCACAUAAUAAAAAGACUUCUUCAACUAAUGACAUUAAGAAAAAUGGACUUCAUGCCAUGGUUGAAACUUUCUCGAUACCUCAAACCCAGCGACUUCUGGCCGGACUAAUAGAAGAAAGGGUGCUACAUAACCAACCAAAAAAUGGGGAAAAUGGAACUAAAUUUAGCAAACUGAAAUCAUCUGAUUUUGCAAAAUUAAAGUCAUCAGCAGGUGGUCAAAAAUUGGGAACCUGUUUAGAUAGAAGACUGAAAAAAGAACUGAUGGAACAGGGUAUCCUUACUUUAGAAGAUAUAACAAAGAGCAUGCCUGAAGAUGAAAUCUUGAGCGAAAUAAAAAAGUGCCAGCAGGAAUUAACAACAGUGAAUGAAUACAACAUAGAAGAACUGAAUAAGCUGAAGACCGCUGUAAUAAACGAUCUGCAUUCCAAUGAAGUGAAGGAGCAGUUGGAAAAGGUAGACAAGCAAGUGCUAGAUUUGUACAAUAAAAUAAUUGUUUCAAGGAAAACGGCGCAACAAGAGGAAGGCGACGAAUUCGACAAAGCAAUAUUUUCAGAACAAAUCACUAAGGAAUUUGAAAAUCAAGCAGAUGCCUUAUUAAAACAACAAAUAGAACUUAAUAGAGAAAUAAAUGGUUUAACUGAUAUGCAAAUGAUUUACUGA